AUGCUCCUCUACCACCUCUUCAUUUCUGGCUUGGCCGCUCUUGCCUCUGCCCAGUCAAGCUUCUCACCAUUGCGGCCACCGGCCAUUCCGUUGGCGGUUAAGUCUCCGUAUAUGAGCACUUGGCAGCAAGCGGGCAGUGAUGGCGGCAAUGGUGGCUACUUGCCCGGCCAGUGGCCUACCUUCUGGGCGGGUGCUGUCACUGGCUGGUGUGGUAUGAUCCGGGUCGACAAUACUAGCUACACUUGGAUGGGAAAACCGAACAAUAGUCCCGCCUACGUCAAUCAGACUGCAUUCUCGUACACCUCCACACAAUCGAUAUUCACUUUGCAGGCUGGGCCCGUUCAGAUGGUGGUGACGUUCUUAUCCAAUGUCACCCCAGAUGAUCUCCUUCGAUCGUCGCUGCCGCAGACGUAUAUGAAUGUCGACGUGAAAAGCACUGAUGGCAAGACACAUAGUGUUCAGCUCUACAGUGAUAUUUCGGCAGAAUGGGUCUCUGGCGAUCGUGGAGUCACAGCACAGUGGGCGUAUGGCAAUAUCAACAGUAACACUCAACCGAAAACGUCCGCAGCUGCACGACGCGACGCACUGAAGCGCCGGGCGCUCCAAGCAUCGGCCAACGCAAACACGGGGAGUUUGUCAUAUCACCGGGUAUAUAGGCAGCAGCAAUUGGAGUUCGCGCAAAGGAGUGAGCAAGCAGAGUGGGGUCACUGGUAUUAUGCUACUGCCAACACUACUGCGCUCACUUUCCAGUCCGGCGCCGAUGACACAGUUAGAGCGAAUUUCAUGAAAGGCGGCAGUUUACCAAACAGUAGAGACCCAAACUUCCGCCCCAUCAACCAAGACUAUCCAGUCUUCGCAUACGCGGUGAAUAUCGGCGAGCUUGGUUCCACUACGCAAAGUACACUUUGGCAAAUCAGUCUACACCAGAAGAACUGUGUACAAUUCCAAGGAACCAAGAACGCAGUCCAGAAACUGCCGUGUAUGUGGACGAAUUACUUCGACACUGAACUCGCAGCUGCCCAGUGGUUCUACAACGACUACAGCAACGCCAAGAAAAUGGCAACCAGUUUCGACACGAAAGUCCAAAGUGACUCAAUGGCAGCAGGUGGCGCAGAUUAUGCCAAGCUCACCACACUCGCAGUACGACAGGCUUUCGGUGCAACAGAGUUUGCCAAUACGCCAGCCAAACCGCUCGUAUUCAUGAAAGAGAUCAGCUCCGACGGGAAUGUCAAUACAGUUGAUGUAAUCUUUCCAUUUCACCCCAUCGCCAUCUACACCAAUGCCACACUUCUGAAAUAUCUCCUGGACCCUCUGUUCAUCAAUCAAGAAGCUGGCAACUGGCCGCAAAUGUACUCUAUACAUGAUAUCGGCAGCAACUUUCCAAACGCCACAGGUCAUAGUGAUGGUAACGCGGAAGCCCAGCCGCUGGAAGAAUGUGGCAAUAUGCUCAUCAUGACUCUGGCCUAUGCACAACGUGCAAACGACACCGCCUAUCUCACUCAGCAUUACCAAGUACUCAAACAAUGGACCGGCUAUCUGAUCGACGAAGCCCUCAUCCCAGCGAAUCAGAUUUCCACCGAUGACUUUGCGGGUUCAGCAGCCAACCAGACCAACCUCGCUAUCAAAGGCAUUAUUGGCAUCGAAGCCAUGGCGCAAAUUGCGAACAGGACUGGCAACGUCGUGGAUGGACAAAACUAUACCCGCAUCGCACAUGACUAUAUCACGAGAUGGCAGAAGCUGGCCAUCAACUAUAAUGCCAACCCGCCACACACGACUUUUCAGUAUGGCAAUGCAAGCUCGUAUGGGCUCCUGUACAAUCUAUUCCCGGAUCGAGAAUUGGGUCUCCAGUUGGUACCACAGAGUGUGUAUGACAUGCAGAGCACCUUUUACAAAACGAAAUUCGACACCUAUGGUGUACCUCUGGAUACGAGACAUACUUAUACCAAGAAUGACUGGGAGAUGUGGUGCGCCGCGAUAGCAAACUCCGACACGAAAAACAUGUUUACUUCGACAAUUGCGAAGUGGCUGGGGACGACCCCGACGAACUUUGCCUUUACAGAUCUGUACGAUACGAUCAGCGGAAACUAUCCGGGCAUCAACUUCAUAGCGCGACCUGUGGUAGGUGGGAUGUUCAGUUUUCUGGCUUUGAACAGUGCGCCAAGCAGUGGAGUCUAUUUGCCGCGAUCUUGACGAGGCAGUGAAUUAGUUCGGAGGUACCUAUACUGGAGGACAGUACAGUAAGAG